AUGCGCCUCGGCACCAUCUACAUCCUGGGACGUCUUUAUGUCAAAAAUUUGACAGCAUCUACAAAGGAACCUUCGGUGCCUGCUGCGCCAACUGCGUUCUCGCCGGUCAAUGUGAGCUCGGUCUAUGUUACCGAUGCUGCUGCUGCUAUUGUGAAGUCCUCAACGGCGGAGAAGCUUGUGGCAAUCGGAGCAGCAUGUUCUCACCAGCUAGCUCAGCGUGGAGUUCAUCUCGCAUUGACCUACUCGAGCAACCUGAUAUCGAUAAACGAACUUGUCACGGAACUGCAGUCUAGAUACGCCGAGAAUAAGCUACACAUUUCUACCCACAAAGUUGAUGUUGGAUCCGCCGACCAAAUCGAGAAUCUGUUUCAGGAGAUCGACACCCAGCAUGGUCAAAGACCUGAUAUCUUGAUCUCAAACGCCGGAUAUGGGAAACGAAUAACAAACAUAUGGGACAUCCCGCUUGAGGAAUUCGAUUACAUGCUUAAUGUUAACCUUCGCGCUUCCUUUGUUCUGGUCAAAGGCGUGGUAGAGCACAUGAUGGCGCAAAGAUGGGGCCGCAUCGUGUUCAUGUCUUCGAUCGCUGCUUAUGGGGGAGGAAUCAAUGGAUGUCAUUACGCAGCGUCCAAGGGCGGACUUAUGGGCAUGAUGAAGAACCUUUCUACCCGUCUGGCCGAAUACAACAUCAGUGUCAAUGAUGUCGCGCCUGCUAUGAUAGGUGAUACGGGCAUGGUUCCCAAUGCCUCAGCAAUCCAAGAUACGGUGGCAACUAUUCCUUUAGGUAGGCUGGGUACGCCGGAGGAGACCGCGAAUGUGGUCAUGAUGUUAGUUACUACCGGGUAUAUGACGGGCCAGAGUCUGGUAUUGUCCGGAGGUUUGAAAUAG